UUCUGCCCGAGUGGAGAUUGGUUUUGGCCAAGGCUGCUUUGUGAAACUCAGGGGCAUUACCCUGCCUGCCAACUUGAUGUCAUCGUAAGGGUUUCCUGUGAAGGCAAGGACAUGGGGUUGCCAGAAAGAAGAAGAUCCAUCCUGCUUUUAAACGUAGUUGAAGUUCUUUUCAAGAUCAUGAUUCUGGAAGGAAGUGGUGUAAUGAAUCUCAACCCCAGCAACAACCUCCUCCACCAGCAGCCAGCCUGGACAGACAGCUACCCCAUGUGCAAUGUUUCCAGUGGGUUUUUUGGAGGCCAGUGGCAUGAAAUCCAUCCUCAGUAUUGGACCAAGUACCAGGUGUGGGAAUGGCUCCAGCACCUCCUGGACACCAACCAGCUGGAUGCCAGCUGCAUCCCCUUCCAGGAGUUUGACAUCAACGGCGAGCACCUGUGCAACAUGAGUUUGCAGGAGUUCAUCCGGGCGGCGGGGACGGCGGGCCAGCUCCUUUACAGCAACUUGCAGCACCUCAAGUGGAACGGCCAGUGCAGCAGUGACCUGUUCCAGUCCACACACAAUGUCAUUGUCAAGACCGAACAAACGGACCCUUCCAUCAUGAACACCUGGAAAGAAGAAAACUAUUUAUAUGACACCAACUAUGGUAGCACAGUAGAUUUGUUGGACAGCAAAACUUUCUGCCGGGCCCAGAUCUCCAUGACAACCACCAGUCACCUUCCUGUAGCAGAGUCACCGGAUGUGAAGAAGGAACAAGACCCCCCUGCCAAGUCCCACACCAAGAAGCACAACCCGCGGGGGACUCACUUAUGGGAAUUCAUCCGCGACAUCCUGCUGAACCCCGACAAGAACCCCGGGUUAAUCAAGUGGGAAGACAGGUCGGAGGGCAUCUUCAGGUUCUUGAAAUCCGAGGCUGUGGCUCAGCUGUGGGGGAAAAAGAAGAACAACAGCAGCAUGACCUACGAGAAGCUCAGCCGGGCCAUGAGGUAUUACUACAAAAGAGAAAUCCUGGAGCGCGUGGACGGCCGGAGGCUGGUGUAUAAAUUCGGGAAGAACGCGCGCGGGUGGAGAGAAAACGAAAACUGA